AUGCCGGCGCGGGAGACCUCGCCAGGCGAGAGCCCACUUGUAGAAGAGCCGGACCGCUUCACGAGAACAGAUUCGAGCAGACCACCACCGGCUGUCCUCGGUGUCGCUCCUAUCUGCUGGCGAAAUGUAGUCAAUGUCACCGCAAGGAAGACGCAGCCGGUUCUGAAUCUACCUUGGGGAAGAAACGAAGAACUGUUCAGGGUUCCCGCUAUUCAACAACAGCAGGUGAUUCGAAAUGAAGCUGAGAACAGAUCUACCGAAGCCAGUGUCAACACCUCUAUCGUUUCCUUUUUGCAAGCCAUUGCAGAUCUGGUUCCUCAGUCUGGACGCCAGUGGACGGCUGAUAGGUCCAAGCUGACGGCAGACUUCAGCACACGGAGACGGCAAAGGCAAUUCGUCGCAUAUACUGAUGACCAGAUGGAGGAUAUCUUCAGUCGUCGGAUUUUGGCACUCAUCGAGUGUAAACAAUCGCAGCGGGAGAAUCAUUCCCCAGCAGUUGAUAUGCAGGAGGUCGCGCAGAUGGUGGCAUGGGUGAAGCAGGACAUCGGCACACCAGGAAAUGAUACACCAGGAAAUGAUACGAGAGUCCUUGUGUCUCAGGACGCGACUGAUAUUUAUAUCUCGGUCUUUCGGUACGACCAGGGUUGA